UCACGGUCGACAGAGGGAGCAACAGAACCAUCGUGGUAAAUGUAAACGUUUGCGGCAGGACUAUUACGGAUGUUACGGAAACUUUGACAGAAAACCUCCACGGUUAUGAGUAAUGAACUGAAUAUUUAUCAGCUGGCGUUUCAUUUACAGGUUACAUUAGCAGCUCUGACAUUAGCUGACAGCACACUGAGGGAAACGUGAUGAUUUUGUCAAGGACAGAGCAUGUUCUGCCAUGUCAUUCUGUAAAAUCCUCCACACGUGAAACAGCUCGUACAUGAGACGUUUACGUACGUAACGUUGGUCUUUUCUGAUGAUAGUCAUGCUGUCAUCCAUCUAUCGUGGAGUGUGGAGAGCUGCUGCUGCUCGCACUCUUAGGACAAGCAGAGGAACUCCACCCUGCAGAUUCCUGCCCACCUUCGAUGGACCCCCAGUUGGUCUGGCUGACGCUGACACCAUCUUUGCCUUAUCCUCCGGUCAUGGCAGGUGCGGCGUGGCAGUGAUACGAGCCAGUGGUCCAGCCUCAGCUACAGCUCUGAAGUGUAUGGCUGGUCUCACACGCGGCCUGCCUCCUCCACGCACCGCUCUGUUACGUAGCAUCACAGACCCCAAAACCAAAGAAGUGCUGGACCGUGGACUUGUCCUCUGGUUCCCAGCUCCUCACAGUUUCACGGGAGAGGACAGCGCGGAGUUCCACAUCCACGGCGGUUCUGCAGUCAUUACUGCUGUCCUACAGGCUCUAGGAAGCGUGCCUGGCAUGAGGCCUGCUGAAGCUGGAGAGUUCACGCGGAGAGCCUUUCAAGCAGGGAAACUGGGUUUAACAGAGGUGGAGGGACUCGGAGAUCUGAUCCAUGCUGAGACGGAGGCUCAGAGGAGGCAGGCUCUCAGGCAGAUGUCAGGAGAGCUGGGACAGCUUUACCAGGACUGGAGCCACAGACUGAAACGGUGUCUGGCUCAUGUCGAGGCCUUCAUAGACUUCAGUGAGGAUGAGCUCAUCGAGGACGGGGUCUUAAACCACGUGGACAGAUCGGUGUGUGAUCUGCAAGAAGAGAUGGAGCGACACCUGAAGGAUGAGAGGAGGGGUGAGCGGCUACGCAGCGGAGUCCAGGUAGUCAUUGCAGGAGCAACUAAUGCAGGGAAAAGUAGCCUCCUGAACACCCUCUGCCAGAGACCUGCGGCCAUCGUCUCUCCCAUCGCUGGCACCACCAGGGAUGUAGUAGAGACGGCGCUGGACAUCGGCGGAUUCCCGGUCCUCUUGAGCGACACAGCCGGCCUCAGAGAGAGCCCCGACCUGGUGGAGAGAGAGGGGGUCCGCAGAGCUCGGGAAAGAGUGGAGCAGGCAGAUCUGACUCUGGUGGUUGUGGACUGUGCUCAUCUCCCCACUGAGGCACAGCAGGCUGCAGCCUUCCUCCAGGGACACCUCAGGAGCGUCCUGCCCACACAGGAGCAGCCAGAGACAGACAGGUGUCUCCUGGUGCUGAAUAAAACGGACUUGUUGCCUCAGGAGCAGAGGCAGAAGCUGGCCAGAGAGUUGGGACGGGUCUCUGGACUCCCUCCUGUUUCUCUGAUCUCUUGCCACACUGAUGAAGGACUGCAGGACUUCCUCACAGUGCUGCACAGCAGUGUCAAGACUCUGUGUGGCGACCCUCUGUCUGGUGCCCCCACCCUGACCCAGGCCCGCCACAGGGCCCACCUGCAGCAGUGUUUUACAGCCCUGGCACAGUACCAGCAGUACCGCGACAUCGACCUGGCUCUGGCAGCCGAGGGUGUCCGGUUGGCUCUCACCAGCCUGGGCAGGAUCACUGGUCGGGUCGGGGCAGAGGAGAUCCUGGAUAUCAUCUUCAAAGACUUCUGCAUUGGGAAAUAGUUGGAUGAGUAGCAGCAAAAACAUAAAAUACAUGUUAUAUCAGCCUGUUCAGGGAGGAAGGCCGUGUUCUUGUUGGUCCCAAAGUAUCAGUUAAGCCACAGCCUCGGCAUUGCGCCAGGCUUCGAGGCACAGCAGGAGUGAAAAGAAUGACAUUCACGUUAUUGGCUGCAGGAUCACUCUGCUCCCAAGACACAGAAAUGUUUUCUGUUGAUGCUUUUUAACAGACUGAAAUAGUUUUAGCGUGAUGACAGGUGCCUCAGAGGCCCCAUAUGCUGGACAAAUAUUUGGAAAUUGUUGAGUCGCAAUUUAAAAAUAGUGUUUGAAAGCCUUUGAUAGGUGAAGAUUGGGCUCUUGGGUCACAACAUAACAGCCAAGAUCAUUUAAAAUAUGGCCAGCUGCAGACCUCUGCAAGGUCAGGGACUCAGAGUUUGGAUGUUUACUUGUACUGCAGGACAAUGAAAGAUAUUUUUUUGGGGGGUGGGUGGAUAAUUUCAGCUGUACCCUUUUGUUUGUGUCCUUCCACAUAUUCCACACAGAUAUGCCACAUAUUUACACAUUGACACCUGAAAAGUUUUGCCAUUACUCAAAAAGGUUGUUGAGAAAUGUUGUUGUAUUAUUCAUUGUGUUACAAGUUAUGUGUCUUUAUGUGCCUGCCUAUAUGCAUUAGGUACAUGCUUUUAUUUAGCAGAGCAGGUAAUGAUAAUUUUUCACAGUAUACAUGAAAGUGUGACAGGUUUCUCCUUAUUAUCAGUGUAUAAGAACAUUGGCUUUCUGGUGUAAUUGUAAUAUAUAUUUAUUAUUUUUUGUUGUAAUCACAAUUUUUGCAACAACAUAAUAUUUAGGCAGAUUCCUCUUUCCUGUUUCUAUCACAUUUAGAAACGGAAUACUACAUGUGAUAUUUAUUUAACCAGCAAAAUCAUUGACCAUAAUCCUUGUCACAUGGAAUAUUUGAUGUGCAAUAAAUGGGAUGAUGUGUGUUUUUAUAACAAAUCAGAUUUAUCUUAUGAAUCAAACAGACCACAGAACACAUUUUAGGAACAUUUAAAAACAUGGCAUUAACAUGGUAUCAUCUAGUGGUGGUUAUGAAAGAUAUGUUAGUGUUAGUCGCCUAAUUAAACAUUGGACAGUUUUUGUCUCCAGAUCAUGAAGGAUCUCUCUGGUUUAGCAGCUAAAUGCAUCACCACCAGUUAUUCACCAGCUGGUCACUAACUUUAUCUGACUGAUGCUGUGCAGGCGUCAUAGACAGAAAUCAAGAAGCAUAGCAUUUAUACCAAAACAGUAAAGUUGUCAUCCAUAAAACCAGCUGAAAGAUGAUAAAAUGCUUCAAAGAGCUUCAGAGUCUCUAAUAUAUCUCAAUAGCUGUUUAAGUUUACCUAAAAGGGCAUUAAUCACCUGAAUGCUUGAUUAAAUGGGCUUUCACGGUGUCAAACAUACCCACCCGAUUAUCCACCUGACAUGUUCAAAAUAACCUCAUCACGUGAAAGUUUUUUCCCCCAAUAUGAAAUAUAACCCAUUCUGACAAAGACUGAAUCCGUGAGGUCUAAUAUUUACUACACCCUUGCUGUCGUCAGGCUACAUUAGUCCAGCUCCCGCCAUAAAGCACAACAUAACAGACAUACAGUACGUGAAGACGGACAGAGUGACCCUCUCUGCUCUGUGGGAAAGAGAGGCGAUGCUCCCUGUGCCUUUUGUUCCCCUGUCAAUCUGGCCUCAAUCAAAUAUUUAUGUUUCCUUGUUGAACUCCUCACCCUUCUUCCCCAGUUGGUUUCUUCUCUCCCAGUCUCUGACGACAUUCGCCCCGCUGUACACCAUCAUAACUGCCCGUCUGUCUUUCAGCCUUUUUGUCUCUCCCCGCUCUGUCUUUGCCACCUGACCUUUCCUUUUUCCGUGCUGCUCCGUCAGCCUUUUUGUCCUCUUUCAUGUUCUCCGUGAUAAAUUACAACAUGGGGGACGUGCAAGCUAAAAGUGGGACUAAAAUCUGUCAUACAAAUUAGAGGCAGUAAAUUUUGGAGGCUUGUUUGUCUUUGAAGUUGUGCCUGUGUAUGACUUCCUUUGGAUGUUUCCUUUUUUUGUUACCUCACUUGGAGCCAAAACAUGUUUUGACUCAAGUCAACGACUUUGGACCAAACUGAAAUAUCUCAGCAAUAUAAUACAGAUGUCCAUUUUGUACAGUCGUCGUCCCCAGAGGAUGAAUCCUAUAUCCUAAAGAUGACAAUUCCUCCAGCUCAACCAGUAGGUCAAACUUUCACGUAUCCAGUUAAAUCUCUCUAAAUCUACUGGAUGGGUUGGCAUCAAAUUCAUGUUUUUGUAGAGGUUGUAUCCAGUUAGUGACCUUUGUGAUUGUGAGUAAAAUAUCAAUAAAAAAUGUAAUGCCA